GGCACUGUGUUUCCCAUUGUUGUAUAGUAUACUGUGUUACUGUGUGAAAUGCAGAGACGCAAGAUACAAAAGGAGAUAUGCUUAGAAAUCACCUCAUGGGGCUUAGAAAGAGAUGGAAGCAUGGAAAGUGCAGCACUUCUAUUUUACAAGUUUUCAACCCAAGGGGCCUUCGAAGCAGUCUGGAGCUAAUUCCAUCAGGCCGAGUUCAAGUUGUUUCCGGGUAACAAUAAGCAAUCCUUCCUGCGCGCAACCAUGGCAACCGUCGUCUUCAUUACUGGCGUGGGCCGGGGCAUCGGCCGGGCCCUCGCGGAGGCGUACCUGGCCCGUCCCAACCACACCGUCAUCGGGAGUGUCCGCAACAAGGACGACGCCAAGUACCAGCAUCUCAGGAGCCUGCCCGCCGCGAGCGGAUCUAAGCUCAUCCUCGUCAGCAUCGAGUCGGCCUCCAAGUCGGACCCGCACAAGGCUGUCGACGAGAUCAAGGCCGCCGGCGUGGACCAUGUCGACAUUGUCAUUGCCAACGCCGGCACCUGCCCGCCUCUGGCGCCCCUAGAUGUGGCCAACCCCAAGGACGUGGAGGAGGGUUUCCAGAUCAACACGCUCGGACCCAUUCUCCUUUACCAGGCCGUGAAGCCGCUGCUGGACAAGUCAAGCGCACCCAGGUGGGUUUCCGUCUCGUCGGCUGUCGGGUCAAUUGGCAAGCUGGAGGCAUACGGCGUUGCGGGCAUCGGCGCGUAUGGCGUUGCCAAAGCCGGUUUGAACUGGUUCACCGUUUCAAUCCAUGCUGGCAACCCGUCCUUGAUUGCCUUUGCCGUCCAUCCUGGGCUGGUCCAAUCGGAUAUGGGUAAUUCGAGCGCGAAGCUCUUGGGACUGGAAAAGGCCCCCGUCACACUGGAGCAGUGCAGCUCGAAGCUGCUCAGCACGAUCGACCAAGCAACACGUGAAAAGACUUCGGGAAAGUUCCUCAACAUCAUCGACGACGAGGAGAUUCCGUGGUGAGCAGCGCGUGGACCUCUGGAUGCCAGUGUAUUGUACGUGUGUGGCUAGUAAUGAGAUUAAGCUUGCUCGUGUAUCUAUGCAGGCUGAAUCCUGUUUGGCGACGAAAGCCAUCAUCUCGGUCAUUUUCAGUCCUAGGGCAUUGUUAGUUUCUAAAAAAUACAUUGGGAUCUCAUGACUUCCU